GCGGCAGCAGAGAGGAAGGAAAGAGAAGCUCCACAGUCAUGGCGCCUUCAAUGACACAAAUCAGAAGAACAUACAGGAGAUUUAAGCCACACCUUCUCAUGACCAUGGCACAAUUAGGUUACACGAUCCUCUACUUCAUUACAGAAGCCUCUUUCGACCAGGGAUUGAAUCCCCAUGUCUUCGUAACUUACAGACACAUUGUUGCCGCCUUGGUCAUGUGGCCUUUUGCCUAUUUCCUCGAGAGAAAAUUACGGCCAAAGCUUACAUGGGCAUUGUUCCUGGAGAUUUGUGUUCUUUCCCUUCUUGGGGUCAGCCUAACUCUAAACAUGUACUUUGCAAGCUUAAAAUACACCUCGCCAACCUUUGUUGCUUCUAUGAUCAACACCAUCGCUGCCGUGACUUUUGUCACUGCCAUCCUGCUCAGAAUGGAGCGUCUUGAUCUUGGGAGCCCUAAGGGGGUGGCAAAGGCUGCCGGAACUGUGGUGUCGUUGGCCGGUGUUACAACCAUGACACUCUACAAAGGACCAGCGAUGAAGAACUUUUAUGGACCACUAAUUCAAAUCCAUGGAAAUUCCAUCCAUGAGAACUGGUUGAAAGGAUCACUUCUUACAGUGGCAAGCUGCAUAACAUGGUCCAUAUGGUACAUCAUGCAGGCAACAACGUUGAGAAGAUAUCCAGCACAACUUUCACUUACUGCAUGGAUGUGCUUCGUUGGGGGUGCACAAUCAGCUAUUUUUGCAGCAUUUGUAGAACACAAACCAGCAGCAUGGAAGCUUGGAUUUGAUGUUAAACUAUGGAGUAUCUUGUAUGCUGGAAUUGUCGGCUCUGGUUUGAUCAUCUACAUAAAACUGUGGUGCACCAAGGAAAAAGGACCUGUUUUUGUGACCAUGUUCAACCCUCUCGGCACCAUAAUGGUUGCAGUUCUAGCAUACUUUGCUUUUGGUGAAAGACUCUUCCUGGGAAGCAUCAUUGGAGGCAUAGUUGUCGCCAUUGGACUGUACUUGGUGCUCUGGGGGAAAGAAAGAGAUCAAGAGAAGGACAUGACACCUGAAGGGGCCUCGUUUGUGGCUUCUGAAACAGGAAAAGAAGAAACCAGCACACUUUCCAGAGCAUAGGUGGCGAAGCAGAUCAGCUAAAGUGGUUUGAAGGAAUACUGCAUGAAUUUUCUGUCAAUUGUUCAGUAACUAGUCACAAAA